GCUACUGGUGGAUCUGGAGUCAAAAUGCACAUCUUGAAUCGCUACACUAGUACGAGUGAGUACGAGUUGUUUUUGUCUUCGUGUCUGCGGCAUUCUGAAAGCAUGUGAACCCACAGCUACAGAUACAAGGCACUAUGGGUCGCAGUGGCAGUUUGAUCUCCGAAGGUGUUCCAGUAGUGGCAGUGUGUCUAGCUGCCUUGCUCCUCAGCAAUGCAAUGAUCUACCUGUAUCUGGACUCUUUGUAUCAGACUGAUGAACAGCUGGUUUCAUCUCAUGUAGGCCACGUGCCUCAGCAUUUUAAAAUCACAAAUAUGAAAAAUAUCACACCUUGGCUCCAGUGUUCACAGAUAGAUGCCGAAGUACGCAAGCUAAAGCUGAUUGGCCAAGGAACUGUUAAAAAGGUCUAUUUGGCAGAAUGGAGGGGUCAAAAGGUAGCUUUGUCCAAACUGUCCUCUCUGGAUUACCUGGAGGAUUUCCUCCAUGGAUUGUCUAUGCUACAGCUCCUGCAGGGCCCUCGGGUGGUGCAGCUGGUGGGUUUUUGCCUUGAAGACCACACCCAGGUCACGGAGCACCAUCCACAUGGCCCGCUCCUUAAUUUGGAAGGUAUUCUUGAACAACGGCAGCACCAGCAACACAAUACAUGGCAGGCCCGGCUGAGGUUGGCUAUAGACUACGUCCUCAUCCUGCAUUACCUCCACAACAGCCCAGCUGGGCGGCGGGUCAUGUGUGACUCCAACAGCCUGGAAAAAACCUUGUCCCAGUUUCUGCUGACAAGUGACUUUCACCUGGUGGUGAACGAUCUCGAUGCGCUGCCUGAGGUGGACACACCCAAAGGCCUUGGGGUAAAAUGUGGUCAUCGGGAGCUCACUGGGGACUUUGUUGCCCCAGAGCAGCUGUGGCCCUUCAGAAACGCAGGAACACCAUUUUCAGACGGUCUAAUGCCUGAGUACGAUGAGAGAACAGACAUCUGGAAGAUCCCUGACGUGACAUGGUUCCUGAUGGGAAGGGUACCUGGGGGGGAUGUAGUCCAUUUCCAUCUCUUUCAGAUCCACCAGGAGUGUAAGAGGGAAGACCCCAGGCUCAGGCCUUCAGCUUUGGAUGUGUCCAAGGUAUACCAAUCAGUGUACAGCAGCAUGGUGCAAGACAGUGCUGGCUUUAGAGACAUGCUGUAGAAUGUGUGAGUA